AUGGAUGCGGAGGGCAUACCAAUGCGGUACUCCCCAGGGGUACUUAUCGGCAAUUGGUACGAGGAGAUGCGUGUCCGGGAGGAUAAGGUAACAUUUUACAGGUCUUCGAACCAAACAGAUAAGACGCAUUGGGAUGCAACGUUGAAUCUGAGCGAGGAGACGUAUUUGGACGGGUUGAAGGACUUUGUUGUGCUUGGCCAGUCCCUUCAAUUGGUGAAUGUCGCCACCGAGGCAGCGUUGGCUCUGGAUAUGGCACCAAAAUUUUCCCCAAAGCCGAAUCAUUAUUUAGUGACCGCGGUGGAUACCCCUCAACCGCAGGUGCGCUCCACAUGGGUUCUUCACCGAGCAAAGGACGAGAACAAUAUCGCCUACACAAAGCAGCUAAAGGAGGAAAAUGUGCUACAUUACGGUCAGCAUGUGCGUAUUGCCAACGAAGAGGCCUCUUUGGACGGCUUCUGUUAUUUAAAUUCCGGGGUUCUCGACAUUGGCCACCCGGGAAAACAGCCUCUGACGGCGGUACUUGGCGCAAACAAAGAUAACGUGUUUGUUAUUGUGAAACCUGGUGAAAAACGUGAUGACAUCCGCGAUGGCGGUCCUGUGCGUUUGGGCGAUGCGGUUGCCUUGUUUCACGCUUCUACGAAUCGGCCUAUUUGUUGCACCAAGAGUUUAAAAAAUACGUCGUUUGGAUACGAGUUUGAGGUGAGUUGCGCCUUUUCGGGUAACAAACACUCCAGGUCGCUGGCUGCUGUGGCAUUGCAUCCUGAAAAUCUGUUUAUAAUUGGAGGCUCAACGCACAAGGCCCGGACGAAUAUGUCGGCAUCUGUGAACACGUCGCUGAAGUCUUCUUCUGGUCUUUCCAAUAAAAUGUUUUCGAUGAGCAGCGGCAUUGGGUUGGAACUUAUCAUGGCGCGUAUUCGUGAGGGCUCGCUGCGCUUUGGCGGCCGAUUGGGCUUCCGUACGCUGUCGAAGGCCCUGGGAACCGCGUGUAAUGAACAACGUACGACUCAGCUCAACCGUGAGCAGAUCCACCACAGUAUCCGUCUCAUGGGAGUGGCAAUUCAACCGAUGGAGUUGGAUGCCAUUUUCAAACGUUUUGAUCGUGACGGGAAUGGUCUCAUUGUUGCUCAGCAGCUCCUUCGUGAGCUGCAGGGGGAAUUGCCGCCCCAUCGUCUUGACGCGGUCAUCUGUGCCUUCCAGCUGCUUACCAUUGAGGGCGGUGGGUCCGUCGAGUACAAAGACAUGCUGAACCUUUUCAAGUUUAACGUCUCUUUGCAGCCUGACGUUGAGGAAGGCGUUAUAAGUUGCGAGGAGGCCAUAUUUGAUUUUGUUAACUGUUGGCCUGGAAAGAAUGACACUUCCACAGUGACUCUAGAGGACUUUGUAGCGUAUUACACAGAUGUCUCACCAGCCAUUGAAAACGAUGAGCGAUUUUUGACGACGGUGCAACGGUCCUGGACGAUACCAGAGACUGACGCCUACAGGAGUGGACGACCAAGACGACAUGUCACAGUGAUUCACACAGACGAUACGGCGGAGACCAUUGAAAUUCCGGAUUCUUUGGUAUUGAAUCUUCAUGAUGUCGUUGCCGUUCGGGAUGUGUUGUUAAAGCAUGGCGUGAAGGACAUCAAAGAAAUACAGACGAAUAUGUAG